UAUAAACAGGACAACCAGGUAAAGCUUUUGCAUAUUGAGUCCCGUAAGUCCCGGCGGCGUAACUCAGAGUUGGAGGUACUGGUGGAUUGUGACAGUGAUUGAGAAGCUCUAAAAGAGGUUGUUCAGCUGCUGCGCAAACAAGCAAGCAUUAUAACCAUGGACUCACCUGAUAGGUUCUCGACUCCUGCAAACGGUACUGUGUUUUGCUCCUUCAUUAGAGAGAUGAGUGAUGCACAGAAAUAUGUAUAUAAAUCUGUGAAAAUACAUUUUUCAGAUCUUGCUGAGGUGCCUUGGUUCCCCAAGAAGAUCUCAGAUCUGGACAAGAGUGCCUGUCGUGUUCUGAUGUAUGGUUCAGAUUUGGAUGCGGAUCAUCCGGGAUUCAAAGACAACAUUUAUCGCAAGAGAAGGAAAUAUUUUGCUGAUCUUGCAAUGAGUUACAAACAUGGAGAACCUAUACCACGUGUAGCGUUCACUGAGGAAGAGGUGAAGACGUGGGGUGUCGUUUCUCGGGAGCUGAAUAAGCUGUACCCCACACACGCCUGUCGAGAGUUUCUGAACAACCUGCCUCUGCUCACCCAGUACUGUGGCUACAGAGAGGACAACAUACCACAGCUGGAGGAUGUGUCCAACUUCCUGAGAGAGCGAACUGGCUUCACCAUUCGCCCUGUUGCUGGGUAUUUGUCACCGAGAGACUUUCUAGCUGGUCUGGCCUUCAGAGUGUUUCACUGUACACAAUAUGUGCGUCACAGCUCAGAUCCUCUCUACACUCCUGAACCGGACACAUGUCAUGAGCUGCUGGGUCAUGUUCCUCUGUUGGCCGAACCCAGUUUUUCACAGUUCUCUCAGGAAUUAGGACUGGCUUCUCUCGGUGCGUCUGAUGAUGCUGUGCAGAAGUUAGCAACAUGCUAUUUCUUCACGGUAGAGUUUGGCCUGUGUAAGCAGGAGGGUUCACUCAGAGCAUAUGGCGCUGGGCUUCUCUCCUCAAUCAGCGAACUUAAGCACUCUCUCUCAGGCUCCGCUAAAAUCCUGCCCUUUGAGCCCAAUGUCACCUGUAAACAGGAGUGUCUCAUCACCACCUUUCAAGAUGUUUACUUCGUUUCAGAGAGUUUUGAGGAAGCCAAAUUUAGAAUGCGUGAAUUUGCAAAGACAGUCCAGCGUCCAUUCUCUCUGCGGUAUAACCCAUACACACAGAGCGUGUGUGUGCUGAAGGACAUGCCCAGCGUCACAGAUGUGGUCGAGGAGCUCAGACACGAGCUGGACAUUGUAGGAGACGCUCUCUGUCGACUCAGUGCACAUCUCGGUGUCUGAAACCAUUAUGACUCUUGCUCAUAUUAAUAGCAUUUAUUACUUCUGUCUCUCAUUUCAAGGCACGUUACUCAACAUUCAACACUGCAAUAGUAUUAUUUCAUUAUCUGCCUUCUCUGACUUAAUGUCUCUGUGAGCCCCUUUCCUCUGCUACUGAAAAUCUGCUUAAUACCACAAAGCACUUAAAUAUACAAACACUGCUUUUAGGAGAGUCUUUAAAUGCUCUUUAAAUACACAGAGUCCUGGUGAACUCAUGAUCACUAUAUUCAUACAGUCUGGAUACUCUAAUCUCUUCUCCGCUCCAAAUUCAGUCUCUGUAAAUACACAGGAAACAUGGAAAUGGUUCAUCCUUGUAGAGUUUAGAG